UCCUCAUGUUUCUUCUGAUUUUAUUUACCCUAUCCUGACGACUGUGUUUACUUUGCAUGCUUGGGAGUAGUGUUAGCUCAGGAAAAGCAUUUUAUGUUGCUUUUGCUUGCUUUGUGACAGUUUUAUUUUGUUAGUCUUAUUUUCUACUGAACUUGUCUUCCAUAAAUCACUGGUGUGUUAUAUGGGUAUUCUUAUACUAGUAGCCCCUGUGGGACCCCGGGGUAUGCUUGCCUAGCGAGCAUUGCAAGAAUAGGGUCCCUGCCAUCCAUGUCGCAAGAGGCGACUAAGGUGGACACCUCACCUAGAGGUAAAAUAGGUUGUGGUAGGGCUAACAACCCCACCAUGUAAAAAAAAAACAUGUUACAGAAACUGAAACCAGAGAAUUAGUCACAGAUGGCGAAGGCAAUGAAGCACACCAGGCGACUGGACUUAUGACGGACGUUAGCCAAACCCGAGAGGGAGCUGGCGCCCCGACAGCGGAUUUACUGAAGCCGAGGCAAAAGUUGAGGGUGGGGUGCUGGAACAUCCAGACCUUGUACCAGACUGGCAGGAUGCACCAACUAGUCAAGGAGUUUGACAACUACAACUUGGACAUCCUGGGAGUCAGUGAGGUCAGAUGGACUGGCACGGGAAAGAAGAGACUAUCGUCAGGACAUACCAUCUUGUUCUCAGGAAGAUCAGACGCUCAGCACUCUGAAGGGGUAGCUCUACUCCUCAACAAGAAAACGGAAAAGGCACUGCUGGAAUGACUUUUCUUCUCUCCAUACUUCACAUGGUUUGUUCCAUCAUCUUUUUUUAAGAAACCUGUAGUCCUAACAUUUGCUACAUAUGGACUGGCAGCCAUCAUGUUAUUUGUACCAUCUUUAGAACUUGGAAAUAAUGUAUCUUUUGUCCUUCUGGUGUAGGGACUGGUAAGAGCUUGUCGAAGGUAUGCAUCAGAACGCAGACUGCUUCCGCAAUUUAGAAGACUGUGGGGCACUUGCCUGGGGCUCGGAUGGUACACCCCUUCUUUUAUACCAAGUCUGGAUAAUGUCUUGACACCUUCAGCACUGUGGUUCUGAGCAUGUACAUUCAAAGGAAGAGGAUGGACAUCAUCUGGUGAAGCAGUCCUUGCCGAAAUAUCCAAAUUGUUGAACACCGGCUUGGACACAGAUACCCUAGCCCUGUGUGUCAGAUUGUGUGAGAAUGGCAUCAAUCCUGAGGCUUUGGCGCUGGUUAUUCAAGAGUUGAGGCGAGAAUCUGCUGCGAUUAAAGCAUCUGAGUCAUCCAAUUUAUCAUGAAGAAAGGAGAAUGCUAAAAUACAGGAGAAAUAUAGUGUCAGUUUUGUUAUUAACCCAUUUUUUUUUUUUUAUAAGUUAACUUAAUCAUAUCCUAAGGACCUUUCUUGUAACAGGCUUUUGAAUUUAUAUUCUCAGCAUGCAAGAUCUGGUAACUCUUUAUCAAUUUGGCACAUCAGUAUUGCUGUUGUUACAUAAAUGAUUAAGUUACCUGCUUAGCUAAGACACCCUCUGCAGCAAUGUGUGUAGAAUGUACCUGCUUCUAUAAAAAAAAACAACAAAGAAAGCAUCAUUUUAGAGUGGAAGGCAGUAUUUGGUAGCACUACUCUGUGUGUGUGUGUUUAUAUUUUUUGAAAGAAAUAUUGUCACUAGGAACUGGUCCAAGAUGAUCGUGAGCUGAUUGAAAAACUUAUCCAAACCCCGAACAAAAAGCUCAUAGUUUGAGGCUCCCACAAAAAAGAAAAAAAUAAUGUAACUCUUGCUUCUCAUUGUUAUGAAUGUGUGUGAAUUAAUAAGUGUUGGUGUUUGAAUCUAUGCACAUUUUAAUUAGUAAAUUUUUAAGUUGUGAUAAAGGAAUGCUGUAAUGUUUCAUAAAUACUGUAGUCAUAAAAAAAACAAAGAGAAAAUAAUGUGGAAUAGACUAUAAUUGCUGUUUCCAUUUUUUUGGUACUGUACAUGAUGGUGUUUUUGUCCACUUUCACUAAUGAAAUACUUGUUACCAGGACUAUAAAAGUCAACUGCCCUGAGUUCAUAUCCCAUCUUGGGAAUACUGUUUUUUCUCUGCAUAUACUUGUUUGUAGAACUGUAAAAAAAGUCUUAGUUGCUAGCUUGUGCAUGCGCGCACACACACACAUGCAUAUUCAGCUUAUAGAAAUGCUGGAUAUCUAUUUUUAACAUAAAUCUAGAAUGGCAGUGUGAGACUGAUCAUAUGUUUUUCAUACUUGUGAUGGAGACCUGAUGGAAUGCUUGUUGUUAGUAGUCUCAUAGGUUUAUUUAGUGCAUCCAAUGCAAGAAAUAAAUUAUUCUAUAAAAAGAUGUAAUGCUGUUGGAGUUUGAUUUUUUUGGUUGUUGUUAUUCUUGAAAGCUUAGAGCAGCUUUACUCAAGAGGAAACCUUCAAAUAAUUUUCAGGUCAGCGAAAAAGUUAUCCUCCGUUCAAAGUGUAAUAAUCCAAGUCAUUUCUACAUUUAUCAUUCCCCUGACACAAAUGGGACAUUGGAUUUAUGGCAACAUGGGCCACCAGUCUAAACAAAACUAAUUGAUAAGUAACUUUGUAAAGAAGUAUCUUUACCAUGCUAGUUGUUGCGCUGGUGCAGUGAAAUAUUACCAUCAGUACUGUUUGCAGGCAAGUGCAAGCAUCUUGCUGUAGAUAUUUUAUAACUAUUUUUUUCCCUUCAGUCACAAUCUAUUGCAGCACACCCAGCAAUAUCUCAUGAAACUAUUAAUAGAGUUCUAAAGACUACUAGGGGAGAUAGGCUGGUACUCUGUGAAUCAUGCUUUUAAUUUCUGGUGUGAUUUGUAAUUUAGGCGUGUGUCUUUCAAAUUUUUUUAAACAGAGUAAAUGGGAAUGUACAACAGAUCUUAAAGGGAGAGAAUAUUCAUCAGUUUAUCCUUGUCUCUACAUUUUCUGCUUUUCUUUUUCUCGUGUCAUUCUCAGUGGCUGAGUUAAAUGCCAGUGUUUAACACAAUCGCAUUUUUAGGCAUACAAGCCAACACUCACCCCACCCCCACCGCCAACUUUCAUGCACACACACUCACUGUUUGUGUACUCGUGUGUCUGAAAUUUAAGCCAGACAGAGCAAAAUUGCUGGACGUUUGCCGCGUCAGCUGUUAUUGCGAACCGCCCAAUCCGUCGUUUACACACGUAACCCUAAAUGCUUCUUGUAUCGCGUGGAAGGUGUGCUUUUGCAGACUCUGGUAGCUUGUAAGUGGCCACACACCUUGUCACAGGUACCUGCAAGUCAUAAGUGUUGAUAAACGAGGAACCUCAUCUGCCAGCUGUCUGGUUCAGAUCCGGCAACAAAGUGGAAAUGGCUUUUUUUACAAUUACUUGGAGCACCUUCCUGUUCUGGGCGGCACUGAUCAUAUUGCACUCUUCAAACUUGACUUCGACAAAGGAAGCCACACUAUUUCCAAGAGGUGGAGGCAGUUUAGACGUCAAACUGCGACGUUUAUUUAACUUAUUGGACUAUGACAAUAACAACAAAAUUGAAUUCCAAGAGUUUCUAAAUGCAAUAGCAGGUGGAGAAUCUGAAGUAACUUCGGUGAAGCCGGAGGAACUAAGAGCAGCAGUGAAGUUGAGUGAGAAGCGGGUGGAACACAUCUUCAAACUGUUUGAUGUUAACCAAGAUCAUCUUCUAGAAAAGUCAGAGAUAACCGCCGUCUUCGAGGCUAUAGACAGCGACUAUGAUGAAGCUAUAACAUUUGAAGAGUUCGUGGGUUCUGCCAUGGAGUUUACUUACGGCGGUGAAACAGCAGACGACUACUUGCGGCACGAGGAGUUCUAGUGGAAUCUCCUGCCUCCCCAUCCUGCUGUGCUGUCUCCGAACAUCCAGAACUAUCGUCUCCUCCAUAACCAAGCGCUCUCUGUCUGUCUCUCACUUUGUCUCUCUCUCACUCGUUUUGAUUACGCAAUACCAUCUUCUGCAGCUGUUGCCAUCAUCACCGUCAUUGACUGAUAUGUAUACCGACCACGGGAUAUUUGUGCAUCAAUACCCAUAAAAAAACUCCACAUUGUUUCCAGAAUAAUCCGUUCUGUUAUCCUUGUUAGUUUAGUUAAUCAUCUUCGUUACGACUGGAGCAUAAGGCGCCUCGCUUCAUGUUCUCCCUCCUCAUGGCGUGGCCCAACCACCUCCAUUGUCUCUGUCUCUCUGUUGAUACCUGGUCAUCUCCAGACAUUUUUUUCAGCUUGUGCUGCGAGACCAGUUCUGGUAAAGAUCUCCUUUCUGAUAUCGUCGUUAUCGAUGUAACUGCCAAGAUACUUGAAGCUCUGCGCUUCUUCCAACUCCUCACCUCGUAUCUUUGUUUUUGUUGUGCCUUUGUUUCUUACUUUCAUUGGCUUGGUCUUGUCAGAAUGGAUCUUGAACCCCACGCGCCUUGCCGCUUGGUUAAUCCUCUUUUCUCAGAUUUUCCUGUCUUAAAAGAGAGCGACAUCAUCCGUAAAGUCUUCCAGUCGGGGUUUAAUGACCAUGGAGUUAUGGAAUGAAUGUUGAAAUAUGCCCAAUGGAGAGAGAAAAAAAUAACGCACACAAUCUUGUUAAUAAUAAGUUUGAAAUAAAGUGUGAUCCCUUUUAUGUCA